UUUGUAGUGCAAGGAUACACUCAAAAGAAUGGAAUAGACUUCUAUUCUGACAACUUAUUUGCUCUAGUAACAAAACUAUCAACAGUACAAUUAUUGUUAUCUUGGGCAGCAUCUAAGAACUAUGAAAUACAUCAGAUAGAUGUAAAAUCUGCAUAUCUUUACAGAGAACUAAAUGAGGAUGAACUCAUUUAUGUGAAACUGCUGCCAGGCAGGCUACUUACAGAUAUUAAACCUGGACAAGUGUUACACUUAAAUAAAAUGUUAUACAGAUUGAAACAAGCAGGUAGACAAUGGUACAAGAAGAUUACCAAACUACUACUUAAGAUUGGAUUAGAACAAGCUAAUUACAAUCAUACUGUAUUUUACAAGAAACAAAAUAAUAAAACGAUUCUUGUAACAUUUAUGUACAUCAACAAUAUUAUGAUUAUUGGUGAAACUAUUGCUAUAAUAAUAGUAUUUAAACAUGCAUUAAGACAACACGUUGCAUUUACUAACAGUAACAAAAUACAUUAG